UUGCAAGGUCCGAAUUUGUCCGGAUUAUCACAUGUAAGAAUAGCAUUUAGGGUUACAAUAUCAGUGUUUUUUUCUUACAGAUUCCGCUUCGAAAUGAAAAUUUGAGAAAGUGUUUGGAGAUUGUGGAUAAAUGCCAAAUAGAGCAAAAGGAAAUGGUCUUUCGAACUAUAAGUCAACUUGAUGAAAUUAUUCACAACGGAUAUGAAACCGAAGGCAGAAAAAGUUUGCCAGAAGCUGCUCGAGUUGCUCUCCGAGAGUAAGUUUUUUGAAAUUGUUUCAUUCCUGAGACUUCCUUAGGACACGUGUUUUGUUUCGAAACUAAUUUAUUUUUAUGCAAAUUUUCCAGAAUGUUGAAGAUAGAUUUCCCCAGAAACAAGAUGAAUGUUUGUCAACAAAUAUCAUUGGCUUUCAAAUGUUCACCUGCAACAAUCACAAGACUUUCGAAUUGA